AUGGCCACCAAAACAGACGAGAAAUCCAAACUAGAUCGUUUCCAGCAUCACAGAAGUGCUAGUGACCCUAAACCUUGCCUAGAUUCACUCUCAAUCCCUGGGGACAGUUCAGAUGGAGCUGCAGGAGACAGUUCUUCAUGGGCAGCAGGUUCAACCACAACACCAAGGCCAGGAAAAGGGAAGCUGAUGAAGGAAG